AUUUAUUAACCGUUUUGGAUUAAUUCCCGUGCAAUUCAAUCAACAACUCAAUUAACAACGCGAUUAAAUGAAACGAUUGUUACUUCAAUGAUAAUUAAUACCUAAAAAAGGCACAUAAAAUUAUCCAAAUUCAAAGACCAGUGAAACGUUUUAUGGCACUGUGAUCAAAGGAAUUAUGGCUGAGAACGGCGCUUUUAGGCGCUUUUACGCAAUUACUCCUUUCGCUACUGGCCUCAAUGAUGAGCUUGGGGAAGAUAUCCCUAUACCACCUGUCGUUUCGGAUAUACUACAACCAAGCCAGAAUGCUGUCCCAACAGCACCAUUACCACUUUACUCAAACCAGCGAAAUUCAGUCGGAGAACAAAAGGUUCAGGGGCCUUCUGCAGCCACCUCAGCAUCACUAUCGCAACCCAGGUCACAACUCGCUGUCCACAUUAGGUCGUCAGCACCACCUUCACCAUCUCAUAUCAGGCAACGACAGUCUACAGGGAUAAGCCAGGAACCCCAACUCAGAGGCAGUCCUACAGCAGCGAGGCAAAAUAUCUCCGUCAUUUUACCUCCAGUUCCCUUACAACGUAGCGUAGAAGGGGCUAGUUUCCAACCGAGGAAAAGGGGCAGGCCAAAGGGCUCCUAUUCAGUCAAGAGAGAAGGCAACACGGAGAAUGCUAAGCCCAGCGCGCCCAAGAAAGAACCCUCUAAAGAACCGAAGCGGCGCGGGAGGCCACCACGUGACCAUACGCCCUCGGUUAGAGAAUACUACCUACGGUCUAAGGUCGAAUACGCACCAUUUCUGUGUGAAUGGAAAUGUUCCUCGGGCCGUUCUUGUCCAGCCGAAUUGCAAAACAUGAAGACGUUACGCAGACAUGUCUUCCUCGUCCACGGGGACGAAGACCCAUUAGUCUGCCAGUGGGGUAAGUGCGCGGCAAGGGAUACCCCUAUAAAGUUCGCAUCGGAAACGGAAUUCGAGGAGCACAUGGAGAAAGCGCAUUUUAGGUCGUUCGUGUGGCACAUGGGAGACGGGUACCAGAACGAGGGCAUAUCGACGCUGAAGCGCGACGCCGACGAGCUUCCGGAGUACUUGUUCGACGAAGACGGGAACCAAGUCACCCCGUCGAUUGCGGAACAGCGACUUGAGGAUGACCAAGAAUAUAAAGAGAGGAAACGGAAACUGAGGCGCCUGCUUAUUCAACAGGAUGAGAAUGCUCCCACCGAAGAGGAAUGGAUGAGGCAGACGCUAGGACUCGUCUGAUAUAAGACGUCUAGUAAUGGUGGUAGCGUCGUCCGUUAUUGAACCGUGCCUUGGGUAAAAUGUAAUUUGGUCCAUCUGAUAUCUGGUCGUACAGAUUAGGUCUUUAGACUCGACUCCAAAGGGAUGACUCCAAAGGGAUGGCGGACUCCAUACCCAUUACCUUACCUAUUUCUAUAUUUGAUUAACCCUAUGUAGGAUGCAGUGCAGACGUGUAUGACUGAAGUAUCAAAGUUGUAAUACAAUCAUAUAAUUAUUAACGAGCAUCCCGUUGGCUUGACAUGAA